AUGAGUGAAGACGCAUUAUUCUUCAAGCAGGCCGCUGAAGCAAUUGUCUCAACGUCUUUAAAUAUUUCAAAUGUGGACCCUACAAUUCGAGAACUAUUAAACCGAAUAAAAGUAGUGAAUUCUUCAAGACCAAUUCCAAAUUCCACUUCAUAUAAUGCAGUAACUAAUACAGCUAGUCAUGAAGAAUCCAUAGCGUCCCCAUUAUUUCCCUUUCUUGGACAAGACACAUUGUUAGAUCUGUUAGAUAAAAAUAUAACGACUUCGAAAUUCGAUGGCACUGGAUCAAAUAAUAGUAAAAUAAUGAAGGGAACACCAAGGUCGGAUGAGGGUAGCAGAACUGGAUUUCAAUGUAAUAAAUGUGAACUGUACUUUAUAAGAUCGUCCGAUCUGAGAAGACAUGAAAAGACGCAUUUAUCAAUUCUUCCUAACAUUUGCUCCCAAUGUGGUAAAGGAUUCGCUAGAAAGGAUGCUUUGAAGCGAUAUUUUGGCACUUUGACAUGUAAGAGGAAUAGGAAUAAACUUCUGAAUCUGGCACCGGAUGGAUUAUUAGAGAAGGCCAAUUUGUUGAAUUUGAAAAAAGAGGACAAUAGCAAAAUAUAA